AACCAGCGUGGUGAGACCAACGUCUACAUCCGUGGCCUCCUCCCCGAGACCACCGACGAGCUUCUCGAGAUCUGGGGAUCUCGCUUCGGCGAUAUCAAGAGCUCCAAGUCUAUCAUCGACCUCAAUACUGGCUUGUGCAAGGGCUUCGGGUUUGUGAAGUACCACAACUACGAAGACGCCGAGAACUGCAUCCGCGGCUUCCACUACCUUGGAUACGAAGUCAGCUUCGCUCGGGAGUCCUUCUACUCCAAGCUGAAGACAUUUGCCGACACGUCCAAUACCAACCUCUACGUCUCCAACCUGCCCAAGUCGAUGAACGAGCAUGAGCUCGCCAACCUCUUCGCUCCUCAUCAGGUGGCGUCAUCCAAGGUGCUUCGAACCAAGGAGGGACAUGGUCGAGGUGUCGGAUUCGCUCGG